AGCAAAGCUAGCCACAUGAGAAAAGCAAUUAAAACCAGGGAGAAAAGGUUCAGCAUAACCUAAUUGGCAAUUUCCCGACGGUGAAACAAGGGGGAGUCUUCGAAAUCUGCGGUUUUGGUUGUGAAGACUGAAGAAGAUUGAAUCGCUAGGCUGAAUUUUGUGUGGGAGAAAAAGAUAAGAGAUUUACCGGAUGGUCGUGGAGCCGCUGACGGCAGUGAUCGUGAGUAUAGAACCACGACUCACCUCGAAAAUUGAAGAAUUUAGAAUUUGGAUCGGAGAAGAGGAGAACGCCGCUGCUCCACGCCGGACUAACUUUCGGCUCGCGCACACCGGCGGGAAGGGAAGUGAGGGGGACGGCGGCCGGCGUUGUUUCCCUGGAACGGAGGUCGGCGGCGAUGCGUGCUGCUGUGAAACCGCCGGGCGAUCGUAUGGCCAGAGAAGCAAAACAGUCGGGCAGAAAAAUUUUAGAAGAAAACUAGCUGCAGAUGAUGAGUUAAAUAGAGAGAUGCUUGUUAUAAUCAAGGAGGAAGAGCUCUGUGCAUCUCAAAGUUCUUCAAGUAGAGGUUUCAUCAUCCGUCUCACUACCCUAUAUAAAUAUCGCGCCGGUGUCAUGCGGAACUACCAGAACUUCUCCUCUUCUCGUUCUUGAAAUAUUGAUUUCGCUUGCUUCUCCAUUUUUUUUUUCUGUUCCAAAAUGCUGGAAUCUGGGUUCCAUGGAAAUUACAUGAUUUUGGGGUUAAGUAGAAUUAGGAAUUUGUAAUGGCUACAUGUACCAAGAUUAGGGCUAUUUGUGGAUUUUGUGCCCAGGAUCUUGACUGCCAAGGUGGCUGUAGCCAUAUCAACAUGUUUUGUUUAUCCGAGUUUACUGGCCGGUUGUUUUUGUUGGGUUUCCUUAACAAGGAUCCCAACCGUGGACAAUAUCUGCUUACCGAACUCUGUACAUUAUUUGUUCAUAUGAACUAAUCUGCCAAGUAAUGCAAUUACAAAGCCUAAUUAUAUGUAAUGCUCCGUUCAUGUUUAAGAGUAACAAUCAAUUGAGAUCUGAACAUCUUAAUUUAAAAAGAUGGAAGUGAAGAUUUAUGAUGCUCCAAUUGAAGGCGAUGGUAAACGCAAAUAGUCCAGCCAUAGCUCUCGCUCUACAUGCUCCCAUAUCUAAAAACUUGAAAUAUUGAAGUUUGUCAUAAAAUUAUUUACGGGUG